GGUAAAUGAUCACAUGACUCAGGAAUCAAAAUGACUGAAAACUGUUGCACACGUCGUGACAAGGUCCACAAGAGACAACAGUAAAUGUUUUAUAACAACCAUGUAACGAAUAUGAACAAGAAGUUUGUUUGAUUGGAUUGGAUGACCUGACAAUAAACACUGUCAAGACUCAGAUGACCAAAAUCCUGACUGUCAGAGAUUACACAAAGCUUUUGAUGAAAUGAGAGAAUUAUAAAGAAAUUAGUCCUUCGUUGUGAUGAAUUGAGAAGUAGGUUUCAAACACUUCAGAUGUGACCAGAAUCAGUCAACAAAAUUAUAAGAAGAAAUUGGUGCACAUUUUGGAACUAAAACACAAAUGAAUCCUGUCAUUGAAGUUUGAAAGAUGGUGUGACUUGACAGUGAGAAGAAAUAAAGAAGGAUUCGGUAACUGUCUCAUCUGGAACAAAAAGUUUGGUUGUUUCUUCAGAGUAGGACUUUGGACAGACUGUUUAGAGCUUAUUCCCUAAUACAUGUAGAGCAACACUUUGGGAAAACAUUUGAAUAGGAAUAUAUAGGAAUAGACUGAGACAUGUAGAGAAAUUAGUAAAAAAGAAAGAAAAAGAUUUGGUCUUUACAGAAAUGGUGAGAAAAUAAAAUGAAAAGUGAAAGAAAAUGUAUGCCUUGAUUAGAAAAGGGGGUUGACUAGUUAUGAGAGUAAUGGAGCAUGCCAUUAUUUAUUGCCGAAAACUUAGAUGAAGUAGAUAUCCACUUGUCACAUGAUAAACAACACUUAAAACAAUUGUGCCGAUUUUCAAGAGCCCACCUGUUGUUUUAACCAGAAAUAAUCUUGAUUUGAAGUUUUUGGAUUAUAUACAAAGAAUACUGACAAUUGUGACCAGUUUAUAGAAAAAGCCAGGACUAAAACAGAUUAAAUAACGAUUUUUCCUUGUAUUGGAUAGAAAGAAAAUACUUUGUUAAAGAGAAAGAACUGAAAUUGAGAUUGAUCAAAUGAAGAAGUAGCAUUACGUGGCAGAAAAAAAGAAGAUGGGGACCAUGAAAAUUUUCGCUGCUGUUCUUCUUCUCGUAGACUUCAUUCACUGCUCAACAUUAUCGUUUUCAAUCGAAGAAGAGAAAGCUAUAGAUACAAUAGUAGGCAACAUAGCAGUAAACAGUGGACUUUCGUCUAAUAUGUCUGGUCAGGACUUUAAUAUGUUGGAAUAUAAAAGGGUUUCCACUAAUAAUGAAAAUAGUGUUGAUUUAUUCAAUAUUGUUGAAACUACAGGGGAUAUUAAAACCACAACUGUGAUAGAUCGAGAGGAAAUUUGCAAACUUAAACAAACAUGUGUAAUCACCUUUGAUGUAGCAGUUUCAUCACCAUUCUCAAACUUUUUUGCAUUGUACACCAUUGAAAUUUCAAUAAUUGACAAAAAUGACAAUGUUCCUACUUUUCCAAAAAGUACAAUCACUCUUGAAAUCCAUGAAGAUGAUAGUAUUGGCACUUUAUACUCUCUAGAUAGUGCACAAGAUAAGGACAUUGGCAUAAAUUCUAUACAAGGUUAUGAAAUUUCACCUUUAAACAGCACAUUCGAUUUGAAUGUUGAGAGAAAUUUAGAUCAGAGUUUCAUUUUGCGAGUUGAACUGCGUCAAAAGUUAGAUCGAGAAGUUGACGAUUUUUAUCAGUUUCAUGUCACAGCCAAAGAUGGCGGCUCUCCACCAAAUAUUGGAACAAUGACUGUGGAUGUGAAAGUCAUUGACGCUAAUGAUAAUAAACCCGAAUUCCAGUCCGACUAUAAUAUAUCCAUCAAAGAAAAUUUCAGUGUUGGCAAUACCCUUUUACAGUUAUUGGCUACUGAUAAAGAUAUCGGUGAAAACGGACGAGUCUUCUACCGCUUCAGCCCUCACCAGUCUGAUCUAGAUAACAUUCAACAAGUUUUUAGCUUGAAUUCUGAAACGGGGAAAAUAAAUUUAAAACAAGCUUUCGAUUAUGGACAGAAAAACUUGUAUAAGUUUUUUGUUGAUGCUAGUGAUCACGGAACAGAUCCUCAGUGGUCGCAGACGUUAGUUACAAUUCGAGUAGAAGAUGAUGGAAACAACCCCCCUCAUGUCACAUUUAGUUAUUUAGUGUCCAAGAUCAACUCAAACACUGUAAACAUUUCGGAGGCUGAAAAAGUUGGCAAAGCGAUUGCUAUCGUUAACGUUCAAGAUUCUGAUAGUGGUAAAUCUGGACAGGUCACAUGUGUGAUUAAUAAUGAUAAGUUUGAACUGCAAUCUUUAUCAUCAGGAAAGUAUGCUGUUAUUAUCAAACAAAUAUUGGAUCGUGAAACAGCCGAUACCCAUACCAUCACAGUCACAUGUAACGACCAGGGAAAUCCACCAAUGACAACUCAGGAGAACUUUACGGUGCAACUCGCUGAUGAGAAUGAUUGUACACCUAUGUUUAAUGUCAAUUAUGCAUAUUUUGCAGCCAUCUCUGAAAAUAGUACAUCAGGAUCACUUGUAACCCAGGUUACUGCCUCUGAUUGUGACGCUGGACAUAAUUCUAUUAUACGUUACUUCUUGCAUGCCGAUGGUGUGGAUAGUUUUGUCAUCAAUGAUAUCACAGGAAUUAUUAACACUAAGAAGGUUUUCGAUCGUGAAAUUAAUCCACGUUUGACAUUCAGAGUUUUAGCUGUUGAUUCAGGAUCUCGUCCAUUAACUGGGACAGCAACUGUAGUCGUUAAUGUUACUGAUGUAAAUGAUAAUUCUCCAACGUUUAAUGUUACUGCGUUUAAUUUCCAUGUUUUAGAAAACCAAGAUGCACAAACAUUGGUUGGAAAACUGACUGCUUUUGAUUUAGAUGAAGGAGAGAAUGCUAGGUUGACAUUUUCUCUUGUUGGCAAUAAUGAUGAUGUGCCCUUUCACGUUUAUCCUAAUGGAACUAUUAUGACAACACAAAAACUGAAUCGUGAGGACAAAGGUGAAUAUAGAUUUAGGAUCGUUGUAAGUGAUCAUGGCAUUGUUCCAAAAGUAGCUCAAAGGGAUGUAAGAAUUAUGGUUGCUGAUGGCAAUGAUCAUUACCCUGUCAUCCAUUUUCCAAACAGUAACAAUAAAACACUUGCUAUUGUUUACUUAGAAUCUGUAGGCUCUGUCAUAGCAACCGUAAAUGCUUCAGAUGCUGAUUCUGGUAUCAACGCUGAUCUGGCUUACUCGAUUGUAGCAGGCAACCAGUUGGGAAUAUUUGACAUUAACAAACAUGGGCAGAUAAUUCUAGCCAGUACUCAUAUGAUUAAAGAGGACACUGUUUUUCCUGUUGUGAUAUCUGUCAAAGACAAGGGAGUUAAUCCAAGGGAAACAACUCAGGAUGUAUUCAUAGUUUUAGUGUAUGCCAAUAUGGCGGCCGUUUCGCCAGUGAAAGAUAACACAACUGGGAAUAAAUAUGUGGUAAUAUCUGCAGUAGUUGUGGCAUUUACCGCUUUAGUGUCAGCUGUAAUAAUAGCAAUUAUUAUCAUUUUACGAAGAAACGAUAAAAAAUUAGCCGAACAAUCCAGAAGGGAAAAAGUUAAACAUGCAAAUGGUGAUGUCUUUACAAAUGGUACUGUGAGUUACGAUCCUAAUCAUGGUGAUCUUUCACGGAAGAAGAAAAAGGAAGUCAGUUUUUCGUUAGAAGAUGACCUAGAUAAUGCUUUUGAUGCUUCCAGUUUCUCCUAUGACGAUAGAGAUCAUAAUUCCAUGUCUAAAUUUGAGAAACCUUCCAAGAAUAACACUAUGCAGUUCCAACAGUUUCUGAUACAGCCAGAUAAACAGAUAAAAAGUUUACAGAAAGCACAUGACACAGGAAGUGAUACAUCAGCAGAAACCAUAGGUAGUGAUAGUGGUCGAGGAGGGAGUGAAUCGGAAUUGCCAAAUAGUGCUAAUAAUCCAGAUGACAGUAGAGCAUUUGGAUACAACAACAGAGAUUUUCACAAAUGUUCAAGUCCAUUUGACAGUCAUGGACGUCCAAAUCGUCCAUUUUCUGACAAUUAUUCAAAUAGUGCUAAAAAUAGUGGUGGCUUGACGCCAAGGGAAACAUUUGAACGAAAACACAAAUUGAACUCUUCGACACGAAGAGACAAUAACCAGCUACCUGACAGACCACAAUCUGAUGAGUGGUCACCGUCUUACGUGUAGCCAAUCAAACAAUGUAUAUAUAAAAUAUGUGUUCAGAACAAAGCUUUAAAAGAAACCGUCCAGCCACAACUGUGCCAUGUAUAUUUUGAGGAGGAAUUUACAGCAUUAUAUCUUCUGGCAGCACUUGUUUGUUAUGGGAUAAGAUUCUAUAUGAUGAUCUCAGUGUUCUUGAUUCGAAAACCAAGAAUACAAAGAAGACCACAAUCUAGUCAUCCUUGCUGAAGAAGAUGUUUUUAUGUUUUAUUUAUAUAUUUGUUGACUUUUUAUAUAUGUUUUAAAUCACUGUUAUCUUGAAGCAUUUUUUUGUAGACAACUAGAUUGUCUUCUCUUAUUUUAAUAAGUUCUGCUUAGAUAUCUGAUGAUUUCAGUUGGACAAGUUUGUUAUUAAAACAAGUCUUUUUGAUACAAUGAAAUUGAUAAAACUGCUGUUUUAUUUAAAUUUUACUUAAAUAAAUAACUAAAUAUUUUUAAACAUCCAUAUUUUAGGAAUUUUGAAAUAUAUUGGAUUUUAUCAAAUUUAUACUGGUGGAAAAAGAAAUUUUUUGAAGAAAAACUAUUAAAUUCCAUCAGAGAAAUUCAAUGACAUAUUAAACAAAAUGAUAAGUUUAAAAAUAUUGUUUAUUUUUUAAAUGAAAUUUGAUAAUUUAAAGAUCAAAAACCAAGACAAAUGAAGGAAAUAUGAAGUAACUAAUUAAAAUCAAAAACGUGUUUUGAAUUAAUUCCCUUGUUCUUCCUUUAAAAUCAUUGUCUUCCAUUUUACAAGUUAUCAGAAACUGCUGUUCAUGUACAUUAUAUAUUCAAAUUUAUGAAAUCCAGUGGCUCUUUUCAGAAAAAAAUCUUUCAGUUUAAAUUGACCUAAUGUUGUGUUUGAAAUGCUCCAAAAUAUUUACUGCAAAGAUUUUUUGAAAAGGGUCACAGUUAUUUAAUUAUGACACAAAAUAUUUGAUCUUAUGAAUCUCAAUUUUUUCUAAAUAAGAAAACUCAUUUUUCAUGUGAUAUUGUAUUUUGCAUUUAUAACUUAGGCCUUGCUGUCUGUAUAGUAAAUUGCAAUUUGUUUUAGUCUGUACAGUUACUUGAGAAUUAACUGUAUGGUUAGUUUAGCUCAACUUAUGACAAUGUACACCAAUAUGAUAUUUAUAAAUGAUCCUGUCAUAUAUUUAAGCAUUUAAAAUUAAUUAAAAAUAGUAAAUUUAAAAACCUUUUGACUUUUAAUACUUAUUAUUCAAAAACUCUUUAUUUCUAGAAUUGAAAAGACCAAAAAAAUACUUUGGAGCUUAAAAUUGAUCUGGUUUUAAUCAAAUGCUCAAUUAAACUUAUUUUUUUAUAAAUUGAAUAUGAUAUUCAGAAAAUUUGAUUUUAGACUUCAAAAACUAAAAUAACCACUGACUUAUCUUUUAGACAUGAUAUUUGUUAUAGCUUUAAUAGUUCAUUAGUAACAAAGCCUGUCGAUGAAUUUAUUUAUGAUUAUAUAUAAAUAUUUUGUUUAACCUUGGUGCUAUAUGUUCCUUUUGCAAGCUUAAAAAAAGGUGCUAAAUGAUUUUAUUUGUUUCCUUGUCAAAUUUUAAAACAUUCCCCCUUUUUUUAUAGAAACAAUUUUAAUAAUCCAGCAUUUAAAAAACAUGAAUUUCCUUAGUCUUUUAUUUUGUGAAAAGGGGAAAAAAAUGUAUCUAUGUUAUAAAAUGAUCCAUUGCUAACAUCAAUGGUCUAAUAUAUAGUGAUGCAUUUACUUUUAUACUGAUAAACGUGUACAUGAUCUACAAAGAAUGAUGUAUUUAUUUUGUUGUAUGAAAUACAUAAGAGAGAUGUUAUUUUUUUCACAAAAAUAAAACAUGAAAUAACUAUAA